CGGCCGAACCUGACUUCACCACGGCUUUUAUUCACUUUUCAAUCUUUCUAGUUGCCGCCACCGAUGACCUCGCGGGCUUCCCAUCCGAUCUGCUUCCAGUCGCAAUGGGAAAAUUCCGGGCUGACUGUGAGUGUGGCUGUUAGCGGAGUCAGCAACGUUGGAGGCGCCGACAACCGCGAGAACCAGGACGCAUUCUUCACUAUCUACGAUCCCAAGAACACCGCAUUGGUGGUGGGUAUCUUCGACGGCCACGGGAAAGACACUGGACGCGACAUCGCUCACGCAGCCAAACAAUACUUCGAGGCGCAGUUCCAGGGCUACUCACACAAAGACUAUGCGAGACUGGAACGCGACCCAGAGGAAUUCUUUCAGCAUUUGUUCACGUCAUGCCACCAGGCCCUCAAACACAAGCUGCGAGAUCUCUACGAGCGAGCUGGAUACUUCGUAGAGGAAAAACACUCGGAAGGGUAUUUGGUACGCCACAAUUGGCACACGGGAACUAUGGCGAGUGUUCGAGGUGGCACCACAGCGACGAUAGUCGUGAUCUUAAAUGGGGGACGAAAGAUCUACUCGGCAAACGUCGGCGACUCAGCGGUGCUGCUGACCUCGAUGAGUCCUGCUCUGCAUGCAGACGACGUGAAAGUGUAUGGGAACGAUGGUGAUGAUGUGUAUCGGCAAAACAAGUCACACCGUGAUGAAGACGAGCUGGACAACAAUUGUACACCCGAAUCUGAUCUCCUGCUGCUGUCCGGUAACCACAGUCCUGAAAGUACAACCGAGUUCUUCCGAGCCCGAUCUGCACGAUGCAGCUCUCUCGACCCAACACUACCAGCUCUGCGCUUUGUGUACGACACUUCAGAGCCAAAAGGCAAACGACUUCCUAUUUUCACCAUGACCAGCACAGGCGAUCUGCACCGCAAUUCAAAUGGUGAAUACUACAAGAACGUCCGCAACGAAUGGGCCACUGUAGUUGCAACACCUUGUAACUCAUUGUUCCCAGACGCGCUGGCAUUCACGCGUUCACUUGGUGAUUUCCAAAUGCAUAGCUACGGUGUCAGCUGCAACCCGACAGUGGUGGAGCUCUCUCUCGAGCUUAUCGUCGCAAGAGACCUCGGACUUACCACCCAAGCAGUUAGCAACCAAGAGUAUAGCCACAGUAGUACAUAUGACAACGGUGAAGUCAGAACUGCCUACGCCUCAAACAACACCAGCGAGAACUCGAGCGAGCAUAGCUUCAUGGUGCUGGUGGCUUCCGAUGGGAUCUGGGACAACUGGAAAUACUGCGAACUGCAAACUUUCCUCAGCGAGGCGAACCGCAACAAGAGCCUGCAUCAGCAAAGUGAAGUAUCUGGGGAUUAUUCUCCAGUGGAUGUUUGUAUCUCCUCACUCAUGGAUGUUAAUUUGCAACGCGCCAGCAACUACUUUGGCGAGAAUGCCGACAACAUGACGGCUUUUUUAUGCAACUUCAAUGUAAGAAUCUAAGCUAAUCUUAUUUCUAAAAAAUGACAGUAGCGCGCUCGCGAUCUCGCGCCCGAGGUCUUCAGCCAACUAGUUUCAGUUCA